GUCGUUCCAAAUAAAGAAUGGCCAUGAUCCAUCAGUGUCUGUGCGUGUUAUCCAUCCAUCCAUCCAUCGAUGUGUCGUCGGACUGGUAUCAGUCAUGGCAGGUCACCGGCAUACCACAGCGCUCCUUCAGAUCCACCACACUGGGAGUCACCGGUGCGGAUAGGAUCUAAGGCAGCCCCGUGUCAUGUUGAUGAACUGGCACGAGUUCACCCAGUCCAGCCACACGGCAGAGCUUCUUGACAAGCACACCACGAGCGACCACACGAAAAAUGCCCCCGUGUCAUGCCAUGCCAUGCCCCACACAUCAGAGCAUCCAUCCCCGCUCUAAGAAACUCCCAGCAGCAUCAACGAAACCACCCCAACCAACCCCACACAGCACACCACCCGCACACAUGCUAUGUCUUCUUGGCGCCGGCAAUGAGGGAGUCAAGGCCGAAAGGAUCGGAAGUGUCCUGCACACCACACCACACCAUACCAUACACAACGGGAAAGAGGCAACAUGAUGGCAAUGUGUGUGUGGUGGGGUGUGCGGUGCAGAUGGUUGUGCGUCGGCUGACCUUUUCGAACUCGACAGGAUUGGUCCGCGCGCCCUUGUCGCGGUCCUCCUCCGCGCCUGCAAACGCACGGCCCAUCUGGCUGCUGCACACACAACACAAGACACAUGACACACACAGAGAGAGACCCAUUUGUGCUUUGUGGCUGCAUGUUGACCGUGAGUCCUGCCUGCACUGACUGACCUGGUUCCGACGGACUGCUCCAUGCGUUCCUUCUGGUGUUUGUAGAUGCCCGCCUGAGAGCGGUCGGCGAACAGCGGCUUGUCAUAGACGUCGUACCGCUCGUCGUCGCCAGCAUUGAAGCCCUGCUCACACCACACACAGACACAGACACAGAGGGGGGCGGCGCCACAUUGUCGUGUCGCUCGGUGUGUGUGUGUUGUGUUGUGAGGGCUCACCGAGUCCAUGCCGACGUUCUGGUUGAACAGGCGGGCGUCGUACAUGGUCUCCUGGGAGGUGGGCUGGGCCUGGCCCAGUGCGAUUCGCUCCGACACAUCACGGUCGGCAUCGCGGUCACGCUUGUGCUUCUUGCCAGCCAUCUGACACACACACACAGGGUCAGCCAUCAGUAGCCCCUCCGUGUCUGUCUGUCUGUGUGUGUUCAUCUGAGUUACCUCGAGCCUGAAGUCCCUCUCCACCUCCCUCUUGCGAUUUCUCUCGAUCUCCUGCCGAUGCCGCCGGCCCUCGGCGUCCUCAGCGGACUCGCCCUCACCAGCCACCGCCAAGUUGGAACUGAUAGAUGCAUCAUAUCAUGGACCAACCAUACAAUACAAUAAACGACGCACACAAAUGGUGUUUCUCUGUUGGGCGCUGGUGCAUGCAUUUGUUGGCUGUCUUUUGGUGCACGUCACGUACCGCUCAGCGCGUGCCUUGGCGGCGAGGCUCCUGAGCUGCUGCUCGCGCAUCUCCUCCUCCUGGGCCUUCUGGCGCUUACGCAACUCAUUCCUGACAGACAGAGAGAGAGGGAAGACAUCACAUACUUACUUGCGCAAACCCACCCAGUAGCCAGCCACCCGUGUGUGUCAUUCAUGUGUGGGUAGAGGGUAGGUACCUGAGUUUGAUUUCCUCUCGCGCCUUCCGCUCGGCGAUGUAGAGAUCCUCAGAGAGGGCCGCAAACUUGUCGUUGAUCGUCGACUGGUGCAACCAACACAACACAACACAACACAAGACAGCACCACACCACCCACACAGAGGGGAGGCUCAUUAUAAGUGCGUGUGUGGCUGGCUGAUCGAUGCGAUGCAUCCAUCCAUGCCAUCCCAUGCGUCCGUGCGUACGUACGUCUUGCAGGUGUCUGCCGUCUGCCUGCAGCCGUUUGUCCAGCGGGAUGGUGUACCCCUUCUGGUUCUUCCAGUUGGACACCGCCGGCGGGAUCUUCCACUCCUUCUGGUCCUGCUGGGUCAGCUUGCCUGCAAACAUCACAAACACCACAGCACAGUGCCGUCCGUCACGUGUGCAUGGGUGUGUGUGUGUGGUGCACUGCAGGGCUGCGUAGCGUACGCGGUGGUGAGUGUUGGACGGGUGGCGGGGCUUCGGGCGGUCCUCUUGGCACCCGCUUGUGUUUGAACUUGGGCGGCUCGAGGGGGUCGAGCUGCUUCUCGACAACAGCCACCAUCCGCUGCGCACACCCACUGUUGUGACCGGGCGCCUGCACAGCACAGCACAGCACAGCACAGAGAGAGGCAAGUAUACAGAGAGAUACAUAUUCACAUGCAGCCAGCCAGCCAGCCAGCAUGGUGAAUAGUAGACAUCUCCUCACCUGUUGGUUGGGAGUGUAUUUGAUGUAUGUGGGGUCCUUGGCGUCCUGACGCUUCACUGCCCCAGCCUGUGACACGCACACACACACAGGGAGAGUGAUCCACGCACUCUCGCGUGAAUGAAUGCAUUAGCUUCCUGGCGGCUGGCUGGCGGGCUGGCUGGCUGGCUGGCUUACGGAUAGCUUCUUCUCGAGGGUGGCCUCGAGUGCGGCUUUGGUGCGCUGUAGGUUGGCCUCGAUGACGUCCUCAUCAGGCUUCUGCAUCUCCUCACUCUUGGAAUACUUCUCCAUCUGGUCACCCGGACGGCUGUCUGCACACACAACAACACACACAACACACACACAUAGAAAGGAGAACCCGUGUGUCUGUCUGUGGACGUGUGUGUGCGUGUGUGUCUGUGUGUGUGUCUGUGUGUGUGUGUGUGUGUAGGGCACUUACAUACGACCAUCUGGUGGCUGCCCUGCUUGACGACCGCGUCCCACGCCACCUUGCCACUCUCGUCCGUCUGCAGCGGCACUGUCUUGGACACACCCUGACACACACACACACACACACACACACAUACACACACACACAACAAACAACCUCAUGCCGCACCCUCAGCACACGAGACACAUUCCUCCCUCCCUCUGCUCUGUCAGCUCACUGUGUUCUUGAUGCCCAUGCCCAGCGGGAACUGUGCCACGUGCACUUCGGGAAACGCCCCGCCAUCGCCGUAGUCGCCCUGCGUGCGCGGCACCCACCCGUCCCUUCUGCCGUAAGGCGGCGGCCCUCUCGCCUUGCCAGUGGCCACCACACGGCUCUCCUCAACUGCACUCGAGAUCUUGAAAGCGCCCAGUGAGGCGUCGGUCUCCAGCUUACGGGCAGCUGGCAGGUUCCUGGAACACACACACGCACGGGAAGGCAUGUGUAAGGUGUGAGGAUGUGUGGGAGGAUGUGUGUGUGAGGCAUCGCAUCCGCACCUGACGAAGUCUGUCAUUGUGAGCUGAGGGAAAGACUUCACUCGGCCAGUGAGCUACGCAGAGCCAAACAAAAGGCCAAAC